CUCCUUUCUCUUAUUUCUGUUGGUUGUGAUGGCGUCGCACGGGGAGGAAGCAGAUUCUCCCAUGUCUGCUCCUUCUGGGGACCAAGAAGAAAGAAAACCCGCGGCCGUGUCGUUUGGUUUCACUAAAACAGUCAACAAAUUUAAACCUUCGACUGGCGACGUGAUCAAGAAAGAUGACAAAGAUUAUUUGAUCGGGAUUGACGGAAAAGAAUUGCAAAGCUCAAAACCGUCCGAGAAGCCCAAAGAGCUCAUCAUCCCUCUGAUCCAGAAGAACCGCUGGCACCGACCGGACCGGGCGGCCCAGGGCGAGGGCGAGGCCAGCGGGGGGAAAACGCCAAAAACCACCGAAGACAAUGACUCUGUGGAAUCCCAGGCUGUCAAGGAGCUCAUUGAAGACUCUCGGAGGCAGCUUGAGCUGUGGCAAAACGGCCCUCAGUCAGACAUCAACCUGAACCUCGCCAUCCCCCUGUUGAUGCAAAACAAAGUGCCGGACGGCUUUGAGGAUGGAGACCAUGUGAAGGUGGAUCUACGGCCGGAAUCUUCAACAGAGGCCGACUAUGACAGCAUUCCUGUUGACGCUUAUGGACUCGCUAUGCUGAAAGGGAUGGGCUGGAAUAAAGAGGAAGGCAUUGGACGCACCUUUAAACAACACGUGGCGCCAAUCGAACACGUGCUCCGUCCAAGAGGUUUGGGUCUUGGAGCUGAUCGUUCAGCGAUAAAGGACCUGGAGCCCACCAGACAUAAGCGCCCCCCCAAGCCAGGCGACGAGAAGGAGAAGGAGGAGGAACUAGUGAUGGGUCCAGGCGGCUGCGUGCUGGUGGAAUCGGGGGCGCAUAAAGAACUGUAUGGCAAGAUUGAAGGCAUUGAUGCCGACAACGCUCGAGUUGUGGUGAAGCUGGCCAUCGGCGGCAGGUCUGCAACCAUCAGCCAGUAUGCUAUCAAACUGGUCGGGCGCAAGGAAUACGACAAAAACUGCAAAGACCUCAGUCGCCUCAGUAAAACCCACAAGGAGAAAGAGAAGGAAAAAGAGAAGGAGAAGGAGCAACAGAGACGGGAGGAGAAAGAGAGGCAAAGUAAUGGUGACGAGGUAAAACACAAGUCUUCAGAAAGAGACAGAGGAACCGAUGAGAGGAAGAGGAAACACCGAGAAUCCAGUCAAGACAGAGAGAAACCGCCAGUAAAAGAGGCCCGACGACCACUGGCUCCGCCCUCCUGGCUCCAGAGGGACUUGAAAGUUCGCUUUAUAGACAAAGCUUUCAAGGGGGGCAGGUACUACAACUCAAAGAUGUGUGUGGAGGAUGUUCUGGCACCAGCAAUCUGUGUGUGUCGAACCGAGGAGGGAAGACUGUUAGACGAUGUGAAGCAGGACAUGCUGGAAACCAUCAUUCCUAAAAGCGAAAAUGAUUCUAUAAUGGUUGUACUGGGCGAGCACAAAGGACUGGUCGGCCGAAUUCUCCAACGGGACAAGAACAAGUGCCGGGCGAUGGUCCAGCUCGACCGACAUGACGAGAAAUUGUUCACUCUGGAUUAUGACACCAUUUGUCAAUAUGUGGGAGCAGAAGACCGCUGAUUUAAAAUGCAAUGUCCUUCAUCCCAUCCGAAAUGUGUUUUUUUUUGUGGUAUAUUCAAAAGUAAUGGAUUUUAAAGCGUUGAUAUUUUGUAAUAAAACAUUGUAAAGAAUUGUA